UACAAAGAUGAGAGUAAUUACCAAGAAAGCUAGCUAACGAGUAUUUGGCGGUUAAGAGAUCGAUGGCUGAAAAUUAUGUGCGGGCAGUCGUAGAGGAUGAAGAAAAUGUGUAUGGUGGGAGCAAAGUCCAACCUUUCUCGGCCUCUACACCAAUGCAAGUCGGAGAAAGAGAAAUUCGAGGGAGGGAACAGACGCAAUGAUACCUCUAAAUUGAGCGAGAUUUUGGGCUUGGAGGAGUUGUUCUCUUUGAAUGUGUGGCGAGCAUCUUUGGGAGAGCUGAUUGGCACAGCAAUUUUUGUUUUUGCAAUUGACACCAUAGUUAUCUCCUCCUACGAUGCUGAAAUCAAAGCUCCAAAGCUUCUAAUGUCGAUCCUUAUCGCCAUCAUUAUCGCAAUUCUCCUCCUUGCCACCAAUCCAGUUUCCGGCGGACACAUUAACCCCAUCAUCACCUUAGCCGCUGCCCUUAUCGGCCUCAUUUCUCUUUCAAGGGCUGCCAUAUACAUUUUGGCACAGUGUGCGGGUGCUGUGCUUGGUGCACUUGCACUCAAAGCCGUGGUGAACAGCACCAUCGAAGAAACAUUUUCCCUUGGAGGCUGCACUCUCACUGUCAUUGCACCAGGUCCAAAUGGCCCCAUUGUGAUCGGCCUCGAAACAAGCCAGGCCCUUUGGCUCGAGAUAAUAUGUACAUUUGUGUUUCUUUUUACUUCGAUAUGGAUGGCUUUUGAUAUUCGCCAGGCCAGAAAUCUGGGCCGUGUCAAAAUUUUCUCUAUCAUCGGAAUAGUGGUGGGCCUCCUUGUGUUUGUGUCGACCUCCGUCACUGCCGCCAAGGGUUAUGCCGGGGCCGGAAUGAACCCGGCAAGGUGUUUGGGCCCGGCACUUGUUCGAGGGGGCCACCUCUGGAAUGGGCACUGGGUGUUUUGGGCUGGGCCUGGUAUUGCAUGCGUGGCAUUUUAUCUGUACACUAAGAUUAUUCCACCUCAGCAUUUCCACGCACAUGGAUACAAACACGAUUUCUUGAAUAUUUUGAAGGCCCUCUUUCCAUCAGACCGUGUUAACAGGAAGUGAGAUCAAAUGGAUUGUUGGUUACCUUGAGAAAAGAACAUGUUCUGAAGGUUCUUAAACAAAGGCAGGCACUGCUCUUUGUGUUUGAGGCCUCAUCAUAUUGUGUACGUGUGGGAUGGACUCGCAAGGUUCAGCUUGUAUUUUUCAUGAUUAUAACUUCGUUCUAGUGAAAAAAGAAUGUGGGGAAAUAAAUCUGUAUAUGAUGUGGAUGUAAUAAGUUGAGAUUCCGCUUA